AUGGAGUGCGAUCUCUGCCUCGCCAAGGCCUCUGCCUUUGCCUUUGCUGUCGGUCUGCUGGUGCUGCUCUGCGCGCUGGACAGCUCCGGCCAGCGGCGCGCCGACUUCUGCCGCAUCACGCAGCAACACUUCCUAUGCCAGCAACGCGAGCCGUCUCCCAACUGCGGCCAGGUCUACCAGCGCGGAAUAUCACGGCAGCUCGCGCAGGACUUGGUGCAUGUGCACAACGUCAUGCGCAGCCGCGUGGCCCGCGGCCUGGUGGACGGCCAGGGGGGGGGGGGCAAGCUGCCGCAAGCCGCUGACAUGCUGGAACUGACGAACAUCGCGACAUUCAGCACGUCCCAGCGGGGCGUUGAAAACUUCCACCAGAAAGUACUGGAUUUGGCCCAAACGUGGAUUGCCGAGUCCGUCUACGCAUCUGUGGACUUCGUCAACACUUUCGAUCAGGGAUGCUGCCACACCGGCACGUACGGCCACUUCGCCCAGGCGGUCUGGUCCAUCACCCGCUACAUCGGCUGUGGCGUAGUCACUCACCAGGGCGGCCUGGGCACGAAGGUGCUGCUGUACUGCAAUUACGGGCCUGGUGGUAUUGUCGUCAGCAAACCAACGUACCGAAUGGGACGGACGUGCUCUGCGUGCCCGCAGGGCACCAAGUGCGACUCGCGGUACGACGGUCUCUGCAACGUGGCGUCGUAGUUGGCCGACACCGAUGCACGUAUGUGCCACGGC